CAGUCUCUCUCAGUUUCAGUGUUGUAUUAAAUUGCUCGUCCAGCACCUCCUCUCCUCAUCCUCCAAAGCCUCUAAUCUGUCAGCAGUGAGCUCACUUUCCAAGUUACAAGGCCAUUCUCAGCACACACUGACAACAUGCUGGGGACCCUCUGCUCUCUCAUCACUGCUCUAACAUGUGUGAGUGGUGUGGUGGUGCUGACACAGAAGCCUCCUGUUGUGACACUAAGGACAGGAGGGAGAGCCACCAUGGACUGUAAUGUUUUUACAGAUGAUGGGUCCCGUUGGUAUAAACACACUCCUGGAGGAACUUUUCAAUUUGUUCUGAGGAAUCAUUACAGCUACUUCUCUCCAAAAUAUGGCUCUGGUUUCUCCUCUCCUAAAUUCACUUCAAGUCAUCUGUCUGGGACAGAGUAUCGUCUGAUCAUCAACAAUGUGGAGGAGGGAGACUCAGCAGUCUAUUACUGUGAGACAUGGGAUGACUCUGCUAAGGAGCACGUAUUCGGACAAGGCACCAAGCUGAUUGUGACAAGCUCCAGCCUCCCUGCUCCUGUCCUGACGGUCUUGCCUCCGUCCAGAGCUGAGCUCCAGUCCAACAAAGCCACUCUGGUCUGUCUGUCCAGUCAGUCUGUGCCUUUUGCAGAUGUGAGCUGGUUGGCUGCUGGGAGUCCAGUGAGCAGUGGGAUCUCUACCAGCACGCCUGUUCAGAAAGCAGACCACACUUUCCAAAUCAGCAGCUAUCUGGACAUCCAGGCGUCAGACUGGAACAUGGAUAAGGUUUACACAUGUAAAGUGUCUUUGGGCUCCAAAACUUCAGAGAAAACCAUCAACAAGUCAGACUGUCCCACUGCAGAACAGUAGAGGAGCAGAAUGACCAUUUCAGAUGUGCUUCUUUACUGUUUGUGCUGUUUGCUCAUCACAAGGUUUCCAUGUUAGAAAAGAUGUGUCUGCAUGCUUGUAAUAAAUGUAGUGACAGUUAGGUGGAGGUGUUGUAUCAGCUUUGCGAAUCAUAAAAUGUAUUAAGACCCAUUCAAUAAAAUCAGCAUUUUGUCAACA